AUGUCUGAAACUGCAACAAUCGUACCGGUUAAUGACGAGAGACAAUUUGCUCAUAAUUUUUUACAAUUAAUGGCCUUAGCAGCCGAUGCUCACCCAGAUCAAUUCAAUUCAAGUCGUGAUUAUAGUUCAUUAAAUUCAUUAGGACCAAGUUUGCCUGCUUACAGAUACAAAUUCCCAAUUAAGAGAAGUCAAUCUAAUGAGAGAACUGUAACGUUGAAGUUUAAGUCUAUAAGACCUCCAUUUAAAUUCAGUUCUGAAUUGACUAAUGUUUCAUGUGCUUUGAGUGUAUAUAAAGUCAAGACCGCACUUAUUGAAUCUUUACCUGAAUUGAAGAGUGCAGGCGUGGCUCCAGAGAAUAUAAAGCUUAUGGUGAAAUCAAAAGUUGUUCACGAUACCACCGUGUUGGAAACAUUGGAAGGUGAUGAAAUUUCCUUCAAUUGUAUGGUUUCUCCUCCAGCAGUAUUACCAACACCCACAAAAGAAACAGAACAAAAACCUGAACAAGCUGUUCAUUCUGGAAUAUCAACUAUUGGUUGGGGUAAGAUAUUUACAGUGUUGGUAGAAGAAUUGGGCAGUGAAGAGAAAGCAAAGGAAAUGUUAUUAAAAUUGCAGAAAUGCUAG